AUGCUCCACAGAGAUGGAAAGUUCUACCACAGCCGCAAUGCCCGAGCAGUGAUUCUUUUGAGUCGAAACAUUCUCGCCAGUGGUAUUUCUCAGGCCCAGAUCACGGCUUUUGAGUCUGGAUGGGCAACACACGUUCUACGGCUGGUCCAGAGCUACGGAGACGAACCCAAGGGCGCCAAUGUCAUCCCUCUGGCAUACCAGGCGCUUUGUAACCUGUGUAGCGGCAACCAGGGAGUUUCAGCCGAGAUGUUCAAGACAUAUUUCGUUCCCCAGAAGGGAGACAAGAAGGAAGACGACACAGUUACAAUUGUGUGGGACAAGGUAUUACUGGACACGGCUCUGUAUGCAUUUGUGGUAACACUGUGCGAAUGCAUUAACGAUGAUGUGGAGCUCCUGAAACAGUUUGAUAACGCCGAAGCUCCUGCAUCUGAGCUUUUGGACGUUCUCAUUGCACCCGUCACUUUCGACAGUGCGAUCCAUGCCCGCCCCGAGUACCAAGCUCUGGUGGACGUGUUCAGAUACUUGGCUGCGAACCGAGUGACCGGACGGCUAUCUCCUAGCUACCAAUACCCCGUUAUUGUUGCUAUUGUUAAAGAUGCCAUCACUGUUGACCUGGAGGUAGUCAUCGAGACAGAAGCCAAGUCCACUCCUUUGGAUCUCGAACACUUGUUCAUUGCAUACUUUUCCAUCUCCAUGAAAGAACUCAAGCUGGUUUUAGAUACGGAAAGUAAGAGCUGCAACGCCGCACAAGUGAUUCGGUUCUGUUUCGAGGCUCUCACUGUUCUCCUGGCCACUGAGCCCAAGCUUCCCACCUGCUCGGGACAGCUUCAACAUGACUACCCCGAGUUCAUCACUCAGGUCACCAACUACCUUGUUUUUGCACAGAAGGAGUACCCUGCCAAACGAAAGCUCAAGGAGAUUCAGACUUCUGUUCUGGAGGUCACGGACUACCCUCAUGUCAAGAGUGCCACUAUUGAGCUUCUGUCUUCCAUUCUUCAAAUUGCAUCUGCUACUUCGAAACAGCAGCUGGCAAUGGUGCAGAGUCUCAUCUGGAAGGCAGGAGGUCUCCCUGAAAUUCUCAACUGCUGCAACAUUGACGCCAACAAUCCGUUUUUGAAAGAACGAGGAGUGGUUUGUCUACGAUAUGUCAUGGAGGGCAACGAGGAGGCCCAGAAGUUUGUAGCAGAUCUGGAGGCCCAAUCACAGGCCCAGAAGCUCGACCCUAAAAACGAGGAGUCGUUGCCGUAA